AUGAUUUGGUUAAAAAUAUUUUCUUGUCUUGUUUUAAUCUUCUCGUUAGCGCAAUUUUCCGCUAUUGGGGAGAAUUUUGAAAUAAGUAAGAGAAAUUUAUUAGCAGUUGAAGGGCUUAAUGGGGAUGCCCGUCAAAAACGCGAGGUACUGGCGGAGAAUGAUUUGGUCAUUGAAGUUCUCUUCAUCAUUGAUUACGCUCUAUUUCAACGUUUUUGCAUUUUCGACAACAGACAGAAAGUAGACAGUAUUCGAUCCAGUUUCAUGAAAUGGAAUGAGAAUAAUAGGGAUAGAGCAAUGCAGAUGAUAAAGUAUCAUUUUGCCAACAUUGCAGAUGGGAUUGAUAAAAAGUACCGAACGAUUGACGAUAUGAAAUACAAAUACUCCGUCAGACUGAUCGGCUAUUACAUCUGCGAAACCGCAGACUCAGCAGACUUCAUAGAGAAACUCAAAAGCAGCGAUGGAAAACUGAAGAUGACACCUGCGCAGGCGAGUGUGGCUGAUUGGGUGGCGAACAACCUUAGGACGAGAGAAAAACCAAAUAAUAAAGUUCCAACUUCUGACAUGGCUGUUGCUUUUACUGGUUACGAUACUGGUGACAUACCUGGGCGAGCUUACAUUGGAACAGUUUGUAGGACAGCCGGGACUGCUCUGAUUCAAAGCAAGGGCCUCUAUGAUACGAUCGACACAGCCGCGCACGAGAUGGGCCACAUCUUGGGUUCGAGGCAUGAUGGAGAUCGCAAUAAUUGCACACUGGACGAUCUCUAUCUCAUGGGCUCCAACUAUUUCCCGUGGUCCGCCAAGAACAACUACCACACCUUUUCACCCUGUUCCAGGAAGUAUUUCCAGCUUCUAACCGACUCUAUAGUUGGAGACAACCACAACUGUCUGAGUAGGAAGAAUAUGUACCGGAAGUACGAAGAAAUUGCCACUUACUUGGUGGACAUGCCAGGGACCAAGUACAGUCCAGACGUUCAGUGCCAGAUGAGAUAUGGAAUGGCAUUUAAGUACUGCACUCCUGGAGACAAAGAGCACGACUCCAUAUGUUCUAGAAUGCACUGUUGGAACCCGCAAUUAAAUGGCUGUGACCAUUUUGGAAGGGCUCACGAUGGUACAACCUGCGGUGACAAGAUGUGGUGUAUCAGGGGCCAGUGUGUUCGUGACGAAAGAGCUCCGUCGGUCAAAGGUACUUGCAUAUACGGUGAUGCGCCAAAUCGUUUCAAAUCUUACGAAGAUAACUCCAUGUAUACCUGCAAAGAUGUAGCCAAAGACAGAGAAAGGAUGUGCAGGGAGAGUAAGGACAAGUGUUGCAUUACGUGCCAGGGUUACGGGGAAGAUUGA